CGAGGGUGCCGGGGAGGCGGGGGGCGAUCCCGGUGAUGCCGGUGGUCCGGGCGAUCCCGGUGGUCCCGGCGCUGCCCGCCCGCCGCGCCGCCCAGGCCGCGGCCGCCCGCAGCACCAGGCUCAUGGCCGCCAUGGCUGGGGCUGGCACGGGGCGGGGCCGGCGGCGCCGCUUCCCGCCGCGGGGUGAAGCCGGCGACCGCCAUCAUGGGAAAGGGCAAAGCCUUCCCAGUGCCCCCGGCGCACAGGGAUGGCUUGGAGGUGAAGCCGCGCGGGCGCCAUGUUGGAAAAGGGCAGAGCCUUCCCUGCGCUCCAUGUGCGGCGGGAGAGCGCGGGUGAGGCCGGGCAGGCGCCAUCUUGGAAAAGGGCAGCUCCCGCCCCGUGCCCCCGGCGCCGUGGGAGGACGCGGGGCGAUGGCGGCCAUGGCCGCGCUGGGCCGGAGCCUCACGGCCGCGCUCCGCCUGCCCCGGGCUCGGCCGGGACUCCCCGGGAUGGCACUGAAUCUGUACCACAAGAACCCACCAAAAAUUGAGAUCCUCCAUCAGGUGAAGUUCCUGCACACAACCGUGUCUCGGAGAGGUCUGGAGGAGUUUUUUGAUGAUCCAGGAAACUGGGGGGAAAAAAGUGUGAAGUCUGGGGAUUCAUGGAAUAUAAAGCAGCUAAGGGGCAAGAGUAGUGAAGACUUGCACAAACUUUGGUAUGUCCUGCUGAAAGAAAAGAACAUGCUCUUAACUUUAGAGCAAGAGUCCAAACGACAGCGCAAGCCUAUGCCAAGUCCAGAGCGCUUAGAAAAGGUAGAAACAUCUAUGAAAAAUAUAGACUUGGUUGUCAGAGAAAGAGAAAUUGCUUUGAGGCUUUUACAAACGGGCCAUGAAAAGCCAGUCCCUGGCGAGUGGAGACAGGACUUCCUGGGACGCACCUUCUGGUACAGUUACAAGGAAUGGCCAAUACCAUGGCACUUGAACAAAAAACACAAAAAGAAGAGAUUCUAUUACUUGCCUCACGUGAAUCACUUCAUCAGACUCAGACUUGAAAAAGCCUUACGGAAAAGGGCAAGGCAGCAGAGCCUGGAGAGGACGAGGCGGAAGGUCUUGGAAAGGAAGUUCCCUGACAUUGCUGUGAAAUCCCAGAGCCAGUAGCAGGCUGGAAGAGCACUGCAAGCAACUGAUCAGGUGUCUGUGGAACAUGAAUCAUGUUCUGGAACCACAAACAACUCCACUGAGCAUUCCAGAGUCUCCAUCUUUUUUUUGUUUUUAAUACAACAUUUGACUUUAAUUAAACUUGUGAUCUGGAAUUAAAAAGCAGCUAUGGUGCCUAAC